CAUUAGAAGAUAAAAUGUUAUUUGUUAAUAUUUUUUUGUAAAUAUUUGUUAAAUGGGCAAUUGUAGAAUGUGAUCAAAAUGGGCGGCUGCAUCGGAAUAACUAGGAGCAGAAGCGGGCCCGUGGGCGAGGAGUCUUCGGGGACUGUGUCUCGGCCUAAUUCCGGUGGUUUAAGGAAGAACCAGUCGCUGUGCCAUGAGACGAUCAGGUGGAAAUCGGACGUGCCGCUAACGGAGGGCCAAUUGCGGAGUAAGCGGGACGAGUUUUGGGACACGGCGCCCGCGUUCGAGGGUCGGAAAGAAAUCUGGGAUGCGCUGCGAGCUGCGGCCGUGGCGGCUGAGGCGAUGGACUUCCAGCUGGCGCAGGCGAUCCUGGACGGCGCUAGUGUGUCCGUGCCUAAUGGGUAUCUCACAGAGUGCUAUGAUGAGUGGGGUACUAGAUAUCAGGUCCCUAUCUACUGUCUGUCGCCCCCCAUAAACAUGGUGAAGGAGGCGAGUGGACGUGACUCACCCGCAGAAUGGUCGGAGCCAGUGGAGGGCGGCGCGGAGGUGGCUCUGCGCUUGCGUCUCUCUCACACAUGUCGCGACGUGACGCUUGCAGCCACCGCCAGGCACAGCAUAGCGCAAUGCAAGAACAAACUACACGCUCAAGAAGACAUAGAGCCUUGGCGCCAGCGCUGGUUCUACGGCGGGAAGCUACUCGGAGACCGACUCCUCAUCGAGGAAGCCAAGAUCACGCCCGGCUACGUCGUCCAGGUCAUCGUCAGCACCGAGCCGCAGCCGCCGAGCUAGGUCUAGACAGAUGCCCUAGGUCUCCUGGGUCAAGUUCUCAAGUUAAGGUAGGGCUCGAACAGUUCCGGUAAAUGUAGGGAGACUGAAAUUAUAUUUAUCGAUUUCAAAAUCACCCAAGUAUAACAGAAACACACUAAACUAUGGAUACAUUUACCUCAGGCGUUUGCUAAAAUUUGAUUGACUUGUUUAGUAGAAAUAGCUGAAUUUUGAACCUAAAACCAGUUUUAGUGUCAAAUUACAUCUUAGUACAAAUUACAGCUUCAUGCAGCCAAGCCUUCCACCUAUCCAUAGCUGGCCGCAAUAACUUUUUACCAACGGUAGUAUACAUCGAUACCCUAGUUAACGAUCUUUAAUUAAAUAAAUAAAUAAAAAUCAUUUAUUUCAGAAAACAGGUUCCAUAAUAUGGUUAGUAACUCUUAACUUAAGAACUAUGUAAUUACGCGGAAAAUUUGGUUGUAAUAACAACUUUAUGUUUGUGCACUAUGGUACUAAUUAUAACAUUUUUCUCCGUACGAUUGUGAACUAGGAUAUCAAUAUAUUAUAGACCUUAUGUUACGAAUGGUCGGUUUGGAGUGUUGAAAUUGGUAAAUGUUAUCGAAGUUAUUGUAUAGUUUACGAAAAUAUCUAGCAUGAUUUUAAGCAACUAAGAAAGCUUAAUAUGCUUAAUAUUUUCAUAACACGUACCGCCAUCUACAGAAUAAGAUGUUAAAAUAAAAUAUCUCAAAUCGUAUGUUAUAUGUAUAAGAUUAUCAAAAGAGCUUACAUAAUCGAACUGCGAACAAUACAAAUCCUAGAGUUCAUUGUUGAUGGCUUUUCGAAAGUACAAUGCACAAUGGUUGUUACAAUUUGGUGCCCGUGCCCAGGAUUUAUAACUUUAUAAUGUUGAUAUUACAAGCUAAUUUAGGUAGAUAUGCGUUUAAAAAUCAUUGCAAAUGAAUGCGUAUUUAUUAACCAAUAAUUAUGAUGAAGUUUUGAAUUCGAUUUGAAAACCGACACUGAUAUUACAAAUGCGGAAGUUGUGUCUUUUACUACCUUUUUCAUGGUUAUUGUUAUGUAUCGUUUACCGGAUUAUCGUGAAAUUUAGCAUUUAAAAAAGAAAGCAUAAGUCAUGGAGAUGGACAUAGAUGCUUUAGAAAAUAGUGGUUUUUAAACGUAUGCGCCAACCGUGUAAUUUUUUUAUUUUAAAUAUGUAAUAUUAGUGAAACGAAUAAUUUAAAAUUGGCUGGCCCUAAAUGUUCAAUGGUUGACUGUGACUUCACUGUUUGUAAGCCCUGCGUUAACUUUCAACUCUAGGGCGCUAUUGAAACGGUUUCACUGUCCUAUUUUGAGCCAUCUUACUAAUGUUACCAUUUUUUUUUCUGAUCAAUUUUUUCAUCAUCACGAAGACGUCUUAAAUUUGGCAGUGUGUAAAACCGAAGUGCAAUACACUUUUAAUUUUUGCACAAAAUAUUGUAUGGAUAGAUGUACUGAUUCGUACAGGCAUGAUUUCUGCCUAUUUUCUGAGCUAAUAAAUUAGGCUAGACUAAAAAGCUUAUAUAAACGAGUGUUCCGUGAACAAAGUUUUGUAUGGAAUACGAAAAAUCACGAUAUUCACGGUACUGUAUAUGUCACAACACUUUGCCUAUACAAUUUGUCAUAAUCAUUGUAAAUAAAUAGUAUGUUGACAGUAUAUAUUUGUAAUUUAUCGUGGCAAUUGUUAAGGCAAAUAUUGUGAUUAUUAGACUUUAUGAAAAAAAUAUUUUGGAGCUCAAAAUAUAUUUAUUUAUGGGCCUAACCAUGUGACAAUCAAUUAUAGAAAACGCUAAUUGAAACUUAAAUGCGUGGAAAUGAUCACGUGACUCUUCGUUCUGUCAUAUUGAUACAUUUUUCUUCAUUGGUGUUUGUCGAACGAUUGUCAUCUUGGCUACGGUCCCAGAUGGUUAUUUUUCACUCUAUUUCAAAGUGUUAUGAGCUAUUGUCGAUCGACAAACUUUGGAAUGGUAUGGGGUAAAUUUUCUUGGCAAUACAGUUGGGAUACUAGACUAUUGUGAUAACCAACAAUUUUAAGUACUAUUUGAAGGCUUGUACAAAGACUAUUAUGCUUACAGGGUAUUUCGUUAUUAUCGAUAUGUAUAACCAUUCUCUAAGAGGUAUAUAUGUAGGUACCUAUUUACUUUUACUAUGCGACCAACUCCGAAACCGUGAUACAAAAAACUGCAAUCUCGUACAAAAUAUCGAUUUUCGCCGAAAUGUAGGAAACAGCUGAUUUUUUCGUGUUUUCUGGAUUAGCCCCAUAGCAAAAGUUGUUUAGUAUGACCUACAUUGUUACCACACAAAGUAUGGCUAGAUAUUUAAAUCAACCUGUAUAAUUUUUAGCAUUUGAAAGCAUUCUACAUUUGACUGAUUUGGUUUUUUUCAUCAAAAUGGCUAGUAUUUCAUAAUUCUGUAAAUACCUUUGACGAAAAGGGAUUAUUACGUAUGUAUGUAAAUACAAAAUGUGGCUGUCCAAAGCAAAAGGUCCCCUUGGAUUCUUUUGCAUUGGAACGUUAGAAGUAUGUUGAUAAUAAUGUAUGUCUUUUGGAUGAAUGUCACCAGAAGCCUGAAUGAAUUGUGUUUAGAGUUUAGUACGAUUAUUUACUAUAGUUCGUUUUUUUUAGCAUUAGAAAUAAGGUAAACAAUCUUGAUGUGUCUUUUAAUUGAAAAACACAUUUUAAAAAUAAGUUACGGCACAUAUGUAACAAUUAUGAAUCUAAUACGAUCAUUUAUAUUCUUCUGCUUUCAAAAGUGAUAGUUCCUGAUUUUUAAAAAGCGUUUUUCAAUUAAAAGACAUGUCAAGAUCGCUUACCUUCUCUCAAGUUCUUUCUAAUGCUAAAAAAAACGAACUAUAGGGUGGUAUUCCAUCUGUCCAAUUUAUUUGUCCAAUAUGCACUGCGGCUCACUGUCUCACUAACCAAAAUGUGAGACGUAAAUACACAGUGGACCGAUAUAUUGGACAGAUGGAAUACGAACGGUUUGAGAAGUAACUUGGUUCGAUAGAAAUUCAGGAUAUGGUUUUAGCUGACAAAAGAAUAAAAGUACGCGAAUUAGAUUAAGCCUGCAUCUCUACUGAGUGAGUUCGACUUUUUUCAUAAUGCAUGGUUUCAUAAAGUAUACAACACAUUCCUCAUCACAUUUGUUUUCAGGUCGAACCAAGUUGCUUAUCAAACCGCCCUAGUACCACCCUCAAGUCUUUAAAAUUAACGAUUAUUUUCGAUGUUGCGUUUCGUUUGUUUCUUUUUUUUUUUCAAAUUAUUACGAUAGCAAACUUGAGAAGAUGAGUGGUUAUUGUGAGAGAUUUCGACGCAAAUAGAAUUUAAUAAAGGUUUAUUUAAAAAAAAUCUAAAUGAGCUAGUUACAUUAAAACUAAUUUACAUAACAGCAAACUUAUAUUUCAAUUCAACAAACGUAUAUUUCACACAAUUUAAUUCAAUCUUGAAUAUACAUAUUGUGUACAUAUUAUUAGGACUCUGUUGAGGUACCAUUCUGUUUUUUCUCUGUCGCAUAUUAGUAACGCUAAAGCCCCAAUAUUGUAAAACAAUGUUUUUAUAUCUCAAAUGUUAAAAUGUUAAUUUCAUUGCACGAUCUGUUACCCACCAAUCUGUCUGGCUUUGGCAUUGAUAUGGCAUGGUGCGCCCGUGAGGGACAGAAUAUACGCAUACGCAAAGCGAAGAAGUUAAAAACACGUUUUAACUUUCCUGACAAUUAACAUACCAAAAACAACCUACGGUAUUUAGUCGGGUUAUUGUUAUACCGGGUGCGGCCUGUAACACGAGCAAAUAAUUAAAACAUAGAUUGUACUCCUCAAACGGUGACACUUCUGUUCAACAACUUUUAAAAAUUAUAAAGUAUUUAGAAUUCCUAUUUUUCAUACAAAAUAAAUAUUAUUUUCAAUGGACGCCAUCGUCAUGCCAUAUCAUUUGUGAUUGACGUUCCUUGUCAAGCCUUUAACAUAACAAAAUUCGCUAUACAUUGCGUCUUAGAAUAAACUUUAAAGUGUAUUAAAAAUCAAACUCCAAGUUAUUUGUAAAAAUUGCUGGACCAAUGUUGGUCAGUCAGUAUGAAGAGUACAGCCUACAGUUUAAUUUUUUGUUCGUAUUACAGGCCACACCCGGUAUUUGUUACCCACCAGGAACCGGUGGGCAACAACAAUAUGUCUACCGUUGACGUGGCACUUAGAAGUACCUAGGAGACUAUGACAAGGCGAGGAUACACAAUACCAGAUUUGAGCAACACGGAAGAGAGUGUACAUUCGCACUAUUUCCCCUCUGCCGAAGCACAUGCCCGACCGGGCAUGCACACAACUAGCGCGUGUUGUGACUAAUCCGUACACAAUAAAGAGACCGAGGUGUGCAAGAUUUGUCUUUGACGUGUGUCAUUUUCUAUGUAUAUGUGUCAUCAUUACAGAUUGGAUUUUGUAUGUAGUGAGUGAAACUGCGACUGUGUGUACGUUUCCCCCCGCAAGAAAUGGUAGAACUAUUUGUACGGUAAGAUAUCGCUUGGGCUCCUCUCCUUUCCGACGUGUCGGAAGCCGGUGCUACUCGAAGAAUAACAGCGAUUUCUCUGCUACUCCUAAUUCCUAGACUCCUAUUGAAAGCUCAAUAAAGCAGGCCACUGACGAGCCUUCCAAAUGGAUGCAGUUACAAUGGAUUCAUCCAAAUGGACGGCAUCCUAAUAUUAAACAUUGUGCGUUUUUGACAUUCACGGACCGAUUUUGGAUUGCAGCCACGCAAUUUGGACUGUUGGAAGGCUCGUCAGUGGCCACCUUAAGACUUUCACGUUCGGUAAUUUCCCCCCCAUCACAGGCCUUUCCGUCUAUUGCAGACGAUUUAUGCAUUGCUGUUUAGACAAUGGGUUUGGUGACUGUGGUGGCCGAUGCGUGAGCGGCACGACCUCCCACAUUUUUGGCAUU